AUGGAGUUCCUUGAGAAUCAAUGUAACUAUACGGCGCCGAAGAUCGAGUUGGCAGUUUAUCCGACAGUUGAAUCAGACGAGUAUACGGGGAAGAUUCUGCCUGAUGUGAAGGAUGCGCCAGGUGUGGCUUGUACAGGGAUAAAGAAGACUCCAAUGGAGUCAAGAGAGGAAACGCCGGAAGUCGUGCAGCACAGCGCCGCUUGGUUUACAGGGUUUUGCAUAUGA